AUGGGCUGCGGCUGCUGGCGGCUGCUGGGGGUCGUGUGCCCGCUGCUCCUCCAGCUCGCCACGAGCCAGGAGCCCGUCAGCAUGGCGGGGAAGUGUGACACCAUCUACAAGGGCUUCGCUGGCUGCCUCCUCAGCCUGGGGGACAGCAUGGCCCAGAGCGUCCGGCAGCAGAGGGAGGAGGGCAGCGAGGAGGCACAGGAGCUUGACACCAUUUGCAAGUCCUGGGACGACUUCCACGCCUGUGCCACCGAGGUGCUGUCAAACUGCCCCGAGGAAGCAGCCGCCAUCUGGGAAUCGCUGCGCCAGGAGUCCCGCAAGAUCCAGUUCCAGGGGAACCUGCAGGAGCUGUGCAGUGCCCGGGGACGCCUGGGCAGUGCCCAUGGCUCGCCGGCUGCCGAGACCAACCAGGCCACGCUGCGGGGCUCAGCCACCCCCCCGCAUCCCCAUCUCCUGGCCCUGCUGGCCCUGCCGCUGCUGAUGCCCCGGCUCUAG